AUGGAAAUCACGAAAUUCUAUGAUAUUUUCGAGUACAUUAUGAUGAUUUUCCACACUUCAUACCUAUUUCUCCUCUUCAUCAUCUUCACUACAUUCUUAUGUCCCUUUUCAAGUUAUGAUAUCUCAACCAAAUACUCAUCCAUAUUGGGUCCGAACCUUGAUAAGCUUCCUACUCAAGAUAAAACUAUAAAACUAUUCCAACAAUGGAUGAAAGACCAUGGAAGGGUCUACAAAGACCUAAAAGAAAUGACAAAAAAAUUUGACAUUUUUCUAUCAAACUUAAAGUAUAUCACAGAAACUAAUGCUAAGAGAAAGUCACCCCAUGAUUUUUUUCUUGGUCUUAACAACUUUUCUGAUUGGAACUCCCAAGAAUUCCAAGAAAAAUACUUACAUGACAUUGAUAUGUCCAUGAACAAUGACAUGGUGAAUGUGAAUGGUGUUCGCGACUUAUCAUCAUGUAGUGAUGCGCCUUCAUCCUUGGAUUGGAAUUCAAAAGGAGCUGUAACAACGGUAAAAAAUCAAAAUACUUGUGGGAGUUGUUGGGCAUUCGCAGCUGUAGGCGCCAUUGAAGGAUUAAAUGCAAUACAGACAGGGAAACUUAUCGACUUUUCAGAACAACAGGUUUUGGAUUGUACCGUAAGUGAAGGUUGCAUUAGUGGAUGGGUGAACAAAGCCUUUGAUUGGAUUAUUAGCAACCAGGGGAUUGCAUCGGCAAAUGAUUAUUCAUAUACAUCAAGCAAGGGUGAUUGCAAAGCCUCACAGAUUCAAAACAAUGCAGAUAGUACCAUUAGUGCAUAUUAUCACGUGGAGGAAUCAGACAAUGGACUAUUGUGUGCAGUUGCUAAGCAACCUAUUAGUGUGUGUCUUUAUGCACCCGAUGACUUUCAUCAAUAUUCACACGGAAUAUUUGAUGGACCAAAUUGUCCUGUGGAUUCUAAAGAUACAAAUCAUUGCUUGUUAAUAGUGGGUUAUGACUCUAUAGACGGUGUAGAUUAUUGGAUUUUGAAAAACUCAUGGGGCACGUCGUGGGGUAUGAACGGUUAUAUGUGGAUGAGAAGAAACACUGAUAAAAUGUAUGGGGUUUGUGCAGUUAAUUCAUGGGCUUAUAAUCCAGUUAAAUAG